AUGCUUUUCCGUCUGGUGGCUGGUGACCACGACAAUUAUAAGAAUGAAGGAACUGAGCAGACCCUAAGUGCGGAGCAGAUCUUUGUGCAUCUGAAGUGGAAUAGCAAUAAUAUUGCUGAAGCAAAUGGACAGCUGGCAUCAACUCUGCAGCAAGCCUAUCUCCCGCUCAUGGAUCAUGCUAUCUGCUGCAAUCCAUGCUAUUGGGGCUUAACAGUUAAGGACACACACAUGGUGUGUGCUGGAUGCCUGGGGCGUUCAGGAGGGCCUUUAAACUUGGCAAAUGGCAGAUAUGUUGUCCGUGAAAUCACUAGCUUUGUUUCCAGUAGCGGACGCAACAUUUACCCAAAGCUUACUAUGUUUACUCUUGUCUCAGCUUAUAUUUCCUGGAUGAAUCAUGGAAGCUUGUCAUAG